AUGGGCCGUCUCGACCUUUCGUUCCUUCUCGACUCCGGGCUUUACUCUGACGUUCACCUUGCCUGCACAGACGAAUAUGGUAAUGAGACAAUUCUAAAAGUUCAUCGUGCUGUGGUUUUUACACAAUGCCACGAGCUUCACGAGCUAAUGUUCUACUCCCCUCGGCACCAUGAUGAAGACCAUGGCGUUGAUGUGUAUGAGUUGAGCCUGGAUCCUGUAAUCUUUAGGGGAUUGUUGAUGUUCCUUUACUCGGGGGAGUACCGGGCUGUCUACCAGGAACCUGAGACACAGCUAGGCAUGGAUGAACAGGGCAUGUGGGACGAUUACCACCAUUCUGUCUUCUACUCUCUCAGGCUCUGUUCCAUGGCAGACCGUUUCGGCCUCCACAAGCUGUUUUCUGAGUCCGCUGCUGCUUUCUGCACCGCCGCCAGGAACUUCUCAUUCCAUGUCGAUUACCCUGCUUUCAUAAGUGAGCUCUACGACACUUUCGGCAACCACCCUCAGUUUGAUCAUCAUAUGAUCAGCAUCCCUCGUAUGAUUUCAAGGGAUAUUGUGCGUUCUCGAUGUUUUACGCAGCGCAUGGAUGAUCUUCUGUUUGAGUACCCUAAGCUGGCCAUAGAUGUGCUCAAAGCUACAAUGGGAAAUCUUGCAGAGUGCGAAGGAAGACUACAAGAAGCUGAGGACAGAAUUUACGACAUGGAGAGAUCUUUGGUUGUUCAUGAGGACGGCAACCGGGAUGAAGUACCUCAGCGCGGUGGUCAGCGCGAGAGUCGACGCAGGCAUCGUCACGAGGAAGAUUUGAACGUCGAGGAGAGGGGGGAGAUAGGGGAUGGUGAGGAGGACAUCGAUACGCAGCCUACAAAGAGGCGUCGUGUAAUGUGA